AUGAUAGAAAUCAAGGGCAUGCUGCAACAAAUCAUUGGGACAAAUGGAAGGAUGCAAGAAAAGUUAGCCGCACAUGACUCAGCUAUUAAAGGCAUUGAAACUCAGUUAGGCCAGCUGUCCAUGGCUUUGAACAAUCGCCCACAAGGAAUAGACGUCGUGCCACUUACUCUAGUGCCAAUCGAGAUUGAUGAGUCGACGGAGCUCACAAAGGUUGUAAUUGAACAAGCACAAGUUGACAAAGGCAAGGAGAAGGAAAUUGAACAGUUCGCAGAACAUGUAAUGGAAAAGACUUCUAAUCAGGAAAAGACACAGAGCAGUGGGCAGAAGCUAAUUUCAGCACCAUUCCCUCAAAGGUUGGCAAAGCAAAAGAAAGAUGAUCAAUACAGGAAAUUCAUGGAAGUGCUCAGACAGAUUCAAUUGAAUAUUACGCUGAUGGAUGCUUUGGGGGAAAUGCCAGGUUAUGCUAAACUGAUGAAGUAUUUGAUGUCUCGAAAGUUUGACUUCCAGGACCUGUCUAUUGAAACUUUGACUCAAACUUGUAGAGCGGUAGUGAUAAUACCUAUGGAUCAAAAAUUGUCUAAUCCCGGUAGUUUCACUAUCCCAUGCACAAUUGGAAGUUAUGUUUUUGCUAAAGCAUUGUGUGACUUAGGAGACAGUAUCAACUUGAUGCCCUUGGUUGACGAAGAAAUACCCAUAAUUUUGGGAAGGCUGUUCUUAGCCACUAGGAGAGCAUUGAUUGAAUGCAGCAAAUUUGCAAAUUGUUCGCUAGUGGAGGCAAUUGAUGUGAUACUACAAGAGGAGGAUGAGACUCUUAAUGUCAGAGACCCAUUAGAAGCUUGCUUGAUGAAUUUGAAAGAAGUGGAUGGUGAAGAGUUGGCAAAGUGGGUUAUGGCUCUCGAAGGUCAAGGGUUUUGGGAAUGGGAACCCCAAUUUGAGCCAAUAUACUUAGAAGAAAGAGAAAUACCGCAUGUGAAGCCGUCAAUAGAGAAGCCACCACAGUUGGACCUGAAACCGCUUCUAGCUCACCUCAGGUGUUACAAGAAUGUAAAAUUCUUAUUGGUUGGACCAUGGCAGACAUUAAGGAAAGGUGGUAUGACUGUUGUACAUAAUGAUAAUAAUGAGUUUAUCUCUACUCGUACAGUCACGGGCUGGCGAAUUUGCACGGAUUACAGAAAACUGAACACUGCCACCCGGAAAGGCCAUUUUCCCCUGCCAUUCAUUGACCAAAUGUUGGAUAGAUUGGCAGAGAGGUCUUACUUAUGCUUUUUGGAUGGAUAUUCGGGGUACAAUCAGAUCACAAUAGCCCCUGAGAAUAGAGAGAAAAUUUCAUUCACUUGUCCUUGUAUCUUUGCCUUUCGGAGACUGCCGUUUGGCCUAUACAAUGCACCGACCACUUUCCAGAGGUGUAUAUUAGCCAUUUUCACUCUUAUAGUUAAAUAUAUUAUGGAAGUCCUUAUGGAUGAUUUCUCAGUGAUGGGGAAUUCAUUCGAUGAUUGUCUUUACAAAUGUAGAAGAGUGUUGAAAAGGUGUGUGGAGACAAACCUGGAUCACCUCUUUGUGUUUUCUGAUGAUUGCAUGUUAGCAUUUGAGGAGCUAAAGGAGAGACUGGUGACUGCACCAAUCAUUGUUGCACCCGACUGGGAGCAGCAGUUUGAGCUUAUGUGUGAUGCAGGUGACUAUGCUAUAAGAGCAGUUUUGGGGCUGCGAAAGGAUAAAAUGGAUGCCCAUGCCUGGGUGAAAAGUUAUGAUGAGUGCCAAAGAACCGACAACAUAUCUCGUCGUUAUGAGAUGCCAAUGACUACAAUUCAAGAGGUGGAAGCGUUUGACGUGUGGGGGAUUGAUUUUAUGGGACCAUUUGUCAGCUCGUAUGGUAAUAAAUACAUAUUGGUAGCAUUUGAUUAUGUCUCCAAAUGGGUUGGAGCAGUGGCUCUUCCAACAAAUGAUGCCAAGAGAGUGAUAGGAUUUCUAGGAAAAAAUAUUUUCACAUGGUUUGGCACUCCGAGAGCCAUAAUCAGUGAUUAUGAAACUCAUUUCUGCAAUAGAGCAUUCGCAGGGCUGUUAGAAAAGUAUGGAGUUCGCCAUAAGGUUGCCACACCUUACCACUCGCAAACGAGCGGGCAAGUGGAAGUGUCAAACAAGGAAAUUAAAAGUGUCCUAACCAAGACAGUAAAUCUGACUCGGACUGAUUGGGAAAGGAAGUUGGAUGAUGCGUUAUGGGCUUACCGCAUAAUAUUUAAAACUCCAAUUGGUAUGUCUCCGUACAAGUUGGUGUUUGCAAAGCACGCCAUCUUCUAG